AUGGCUGCGCCAGAAGUCCACCAUCUCUUCCACAAUCCCAUCGCGGACCACUCCUUCUUCCCGGAUCGCAAGACGCUCGCGAUCGCAAGGGACUCAACCGUCGAGCUCUAUGGCAAGGUUGGCAAUGCAUUCAAACUCAAGGACGAGCUCAAGGGCCAUGACAAGACCGUCACAAGUGUCGAUGUAUGCCCAGUUUCCGGCCGAAUUGUAUCGUGCUCUCAAGACCGUAACGCUCUGGUCUGGGAACCUUCACCACAAGGCUACAAGCCAACUCUAGUACUUCUCCGAAUCAGCCGAGCUGCAACAUUUGUGCGCUGGUCGCCCUCCGAAACCAAGUUCGCUGUCGGCUCCGGUGAUCGCGUGAUUGCCGUCUGCUACUUCGAAGAGGAGAAUGACUGGUGGGUCUCGAAGCAUUUGAAGAAGCCCAUCCGGAGUACGAUUACGUCUGUUGCAUGGCACCCUAACUCGGUGCUUCUUGCAGCUGGUUCGACCGAUGCGCAUGCCCGGGUUUUCUCCAGCUUCAUCAAGGGUGUCGACCAGCGACCUGAGCCCGGCGUUUGGGGCGAGAGGUUGCCCUUCAACACCGUCUGUGGCGAGUACCUCAAUAACUCUGCUGGAUGGGUACACUCUGUAGCUUUCUCUCCUAGCGGAGAUGCCCUCGCAUUUGCUGCGCACGACAGCAGCAUUACUGUGGUGUAUCCGAGUGCCCCAGAACAACCACCAAGAGCCAUUGUCAGCAUCACGACUCAGCUGCUGCCUUUCAUGAGCAUAUUCUGGAGCAAUGAGACUGAAAUCAUUGCCGCUGGCUAUGAUUGUGAAGCUUUCCGCUUCAAAGGCGAUGAAGGCGGCUGGCAGCUUGCAGGCACUCUAGAAUCGAAGGGAAGGCCCGGCCUAGGCGAUGCCAGAGAGGAGUCGGCUUUGAAUAUGUUUAGGCAAAUGGAUCUAAAGGGUAAGGUAAAGGAUGAUACGAAACUUCAGACAGUCCACCAAAACACCAUUUCAACCAUUCGGCCUUAUGAGACAUCUGGCUCUCAAGUCACAAAGUUCAGCUCAACCGGCGUUGAUGGCAGAGUUGUCAUCUGGCAUACUUAG